AUUUCCUAGAUGUGAUGGUUGACGCCGUGUCCAUGUACCUGGGUUUCCGGCUGAUGUCUACUUACCUUCUGAUCAGGGCGAGAUCAACCAGGGGAGGGAAACAUAGAUAUCGAUACGUCAAGACGGUGGUUCGUACUAGGUAUGAUGAAUGAAAUUUAUGGUAGCCGUUGAAGUUAUGGUAUACGAUGAGACGAACGAUAAAGAUGUGCGGACUUCAACUUGAGCACAAGGAAUGAGAGCAUGCUCGUUACUCAUUAACCAACGCUCCCAAAUCGUGAUAGAUCCUGGACUCAUAAGGGUGAAGCGUUCUGGUCACCCAUCAAAGGUCUUUCAUCUGGCAUUCUGCUGUCUCAUGGGACCAGUAACCCUGAGGGCUCUGCCGAUGUUGUUAAGACCUUUUUUCCUUCGAAUUGUUGUAUGCAAUAUCCUAUCAUAUUUGCUAGGUCUGCUUAUGGUUAUGUGCUUACAAGCCAUGUCUAGAACAGCUUUAGAUAAAAGGUAGGUAGCUAAGUAAGGUCUGCUUACGAUUCAGUAACUGUAAGACAGGACAAGCAUCCGACUAGCUUAUGAAAUGAUUGAGAUGGUCUGAAACAGACAAGCAGUAUAGUGCUGUAAUGGGAAUGGGGGGUUGUAUAUCAAUAUGUAGUUGUUGAUAGCAGAUUUGGCAAAGCGAUAUCACGGAUUCACUACCAUUUAGUGGUCCCACACAAGACAAUCCAUGCUUCAUCAGUUCAGCAGUGAUGAGGUACAGGGCCCAGAAUCUUUUCCAAUCACACUUGACAGAAAUGGACAGGUAAAGUCUAGCUCAAUAUCGAUUAUAUUGAUUUGGGCUUUGCGUCCUUUCUCUAAGUAACAAGGUAGAGGAAGACAUGAUGGACCACGUAAGG